GUAAUAAUAUACAGUUUUUGAAAAAGCUACAAUAAAACAGACCAAAGUGUUUUCAAAGAACUUUAAAUAACUUUUAUAUUGAGUUUGUAUUUAAGUGAGCCUUUUACAUCAAUUCUGAUAAAUCUCUGAUUUAAUAGAAACUUGAGGAGUCAUUAGUUUUUCAGUGUUUACAGGUUGAGUUUUGUUUACAUUUGUGUAUAAAUACAUAUAAGGUCCAGUUUGUACUUCAAUAAAAUGCCAAGGAAAGGUCAAAGGUCGCAGUCCCAGAAGCUUAGAUGGCAAAAGCAGAAAGAACAGGUAAAUGUUUCUCAGAGCGGUGAGCAGGUAAAGGUGUCUGUUACAACUGUUCCCAGUCCAGAAGUGCAGAGCAGUGCUCAGACAGCUGCAGUGUCUUAUGCAGAUGUGGUAAAGAGAGGUGUUCGCUCAGCAUGUGUGCCAGAUGCUAAAGUACAGCAGGUAAUCCAGACUGAACCCCAGGUAACUGUACAAACGCAGCAUGAUGGAGAAGCUCCAGGACCGUCUCAUGUACAGGUUACAAACAGUGAAAGUCGUCCACGAAUGAGUAGCAUCUGUGCAUCCCGAAGCCAGGCUUCUCCUAGGUAUGGAAAGUACAGGAAUCAGCAAUGCAUGGCUAACAGUUUGGUUUUCCUGUCAUUCUUACAUGAGGAUGAAUUCAUUACCAGAGCAGAUCUAAACCGUGUGUUGGACGAAGGCCAUGCCAUGUAUUCAGAUGCCAGAAAGAGGUUUGUGAACAGCGUGUUUCUAGCCUGUGAUGAGCUUCCCACAGUGGUCACCAGCCGCAGACACGAGUAUCAAGUGGACAUGUCUCAGUUUGCUCAUUAUGGUACAUUUGAUGGUACAGAUCAUCUUCCGAGCCUUGAACAGGGACUACAGUGUUUGGCUUCAGCGGUUCGCUAUGCUUUGCUAGUCAUGGGAGGAAACGUCAUUGCAGUUUGCAGGCUGACUUCAGGACUUGGAUGAGAACAAGAUUUAUGCCAAUCCCGAGGUAACUGCAGCGCUCCAAACCAUGAGACAAGCCAG